AUGGGGUCUCCUCUCGGUGUCCUCUUUGCCAAUUUUUACAUGGGGGCCGUCGAGGAAAAGGUUUUCGCGGAAAACCCGGACAUAAAACCAACAGUCUACGCAAGAUACAUCGAUGACAUCUUCAUCAACGCCAACACUGAAGAGGAAGUACUGCACCUGAUCGAGAAUUUCAAGAAACACUCCUGCCUCAACUACACACACGAAUUAGAAGAAGAAAACAAGCUCCCCUUCCUCGACGUCAUGGUGCACCGUUCAAGCUCCUGCUUCUCCACAAUCUCCCAGCUUCUCUGCAACAACGGCUAUCCGCAGCAAGAAAUAGACGAAGUCAUACGUCGCCGCAUGGACAACUACAUCCGCGAGAAUCCGCCCGAGCAACAAACAUCGUGCAUCACUCUCUACUACAAGAACACGAUGUCUUCAGCAUACAAAGAAGACGAGAAAGCCGUAAAGAAGAUCAUCCACAACAACGUCUCGCCCAUCAACACAGACACUAAACUCCAAGUCAUCAUUUACUACAAGACCAGAAAAACCGCAAGCCUCAUCAUGAAGAAUAGCUGUCUUCCUCCGACAAACUCCCUGCAAGAAGUGAACGUCGUGUACCAACACACAUGCACUGUUGGUGACUGCAGUCACCUAAACUCGAGGUACAUUGGCUUCACAUCUACAACCCUAUCAAAGAGAAUUACAGCACACCUACAAGACGGCGCUAUAAGACGACACUACAUGAAUGAACACGGCAUCAUCCUGAAGCGACAUCACAUGAAAAGCAACACCACUAUCCUAGUUAAAGAAAACAACAAAAGAAGACUCAAGAUGAUGGAAGCAGUACAUAUCUACUCAGAAAAACCUACCAUCAACAUACAACAGCAGCCAGAAUCAUCGUUACCAUCCCAGCGACAGCCACACGGAGCUGUAGCCGGCUGCUCAUUGGCCACUUCAGACGAAACUCGAUCCGCGCUCUGACUGGCUACUUGACGC